AUGCAACGUGAAGCUUCGGACGAAGACGAGAUCAUUCUUUACGCAGACACUGUGAAAACUCUGAUGACAGAGCUUUCAGGUACCCCAUUAGUAGUGGAGAGAUUUCACUGUACUCCUUUGUCUGUAAAUGUUUCCGCAAGCGAAUCGGAUUUUAGAAGCUGCGUGUACAUGGGGAUGGCACCUUCUGCUUUUCCAAACCUUCCAACGUCCUGCCGCCUUCAUCUCCCGCGCGGGGAGCGCUGCUGCCGCCGCCCCAACGCUGUCGCCCUUUUUGCACGGGCCGUCCCCCUCUCACCGCACGGCCUUCGCGCCCACUGCUGCCGCGACUCUCGCUCGCCAUGCCGCCCCGCUCCUCCAUCAAAACGUGUAACAAAAUGA